AUGGGUGCUAAUAAUAAUAACAACAAUGAUUCAGGCGCUUCAAAUGUUCCGAAAUGGAUUGAAGCAAAACUAUUUGAGGAGGCUUUGAGGGAGGUCGAAUCGGAAUAUAAUGAAAUUGUGGAUUUUAAAGUUAAUGGUGCUUUGGCGCCAGGUGAAAAUUAUUGUACCGUUAUGCUUAAGGCGGAAUUUGUCGUUAAAUUGAAAGAUGAAUCCACGAAACCGAUAAGUUUCAUGCUAAAAGUUGGCCAUGACACUGAUCUCUUCCGUGAAAUGAUGGAAACUCAUGAUAUAUUUGGUUGCGAAAAAGGCAUGUAUUCUGAAGUUGUGCCGGAAUUAGAACAAAUAUAUGCCGAUGCAGGUGUGAAUGUGAAGUUUGGUGCAAAAUCGUACUCCCUACCCACCGAUCAAGCCUACAUUUUAUUGGAAAAUCUUAAAGAGAAAGGCUUUCGUAAUGCCGAUCGCUUGGCAGGUCUCGAUAUGGCUCAUGCUAAGAGUUUACUUAAGAAAAUGGCCCAAUGGCAUGCUGCCUCGGCUGUGAGAGUUGCCACUAAAGGCAUGUACUUAGAUCUAUACAAUGACGGCUAUAUCCGAACCAAAUCAUUUGACUUAAUCAAGGGAAUGUAUGAUUCUUCAAAAAAGAUAUUUUUCGAAUGUCUUAAGGAUUAUUCAAAUUCGGAAUUGUAUUAUGAGAAAGUUACAGAUUUGUAUGGUCAUAUUGCGGAAGUGAUGUUUAAAACGGCCGAGUUUAAAUAUGAUGAUGAUUUUAAGGUUCUCAAUCAUGGUGAUUCGUGGGUAAAUAAUAUUAUGUUCUGUCAUGACGAAGAUACGGGUGAGAUUCUCGAAACCUACUUUGUGGAUUAUCAAAUACCUCGUUAUACAUCACCGGCUCAAGAUUUGUGGUAUUUCAUUUUAUCCUCUACACAAUAUGAAAUAAAGUUAAAGCAAUUUGACUAUCUUAUUGCCUACUAUCAUCAACAUUUGGAGGAGAAUUUGAAAUUAUUGAAGUAUCCAAAGAAAAUACCAUCGUUAAAGGAUUUACAUUUGAUGCUCUAUAAGGAUGGCAUAUGGGCCUUUUCCACCGUGGCCGGCGUAAUGUCUGCCGUUUUAUGUGAUCCCAAUGAAAAUGCCAGCCUUGAUAAUUUUAUGGGCGAAACUGAUGCUGGUAUCGCAUUCAAGAGACAAAUGUAUUCGAAUCCCCGCUAUCGUAGACACAUGGAAGCUAUAUUACCAUGGCUAUUGAAUCGUGGAUUGCUUGAUUAUUAA